GUCUUUUCUUCUCAUACGCUCCGCUGUGCGCACAGACUGAGGAGAAAAUCAAAGAGCGGGUCUAUCUCCCCAUGCGAUGUGCAGCAGCUUCAACAUCUGUGAAGUGGCUGCCUCACCCGGUCGGACCGGAGGCCGUCUGGUCUCCGAUCUGGUCUCAGGAGUCAGCAGGGGAGACUCGACGCGCUCCGUUGGGGCCAGGCUGUGCGCCUCUCGGAUCACACCGGAGCCGGCGCGUCCUCUCGCCAUGGAGAUGAUGGAGGGGGACGUUAUGGACAAGCUGGGGGACAUGUCAUCGGUGUACGACUUUGACCCGAUCACCGGCAACAUUCCGGCCACGAAAGUGGAGAUCACCGUCUCCUGCAGAAAUCUGCUGGAUAAAGACACCUUCUCAAAGUCCGAUCCUAUGUGCGUACUGUAUACGCAGGGUGUUGAAACCAAACAGUGGAGAGAGUUCGGCAGGACCGAAGUGAUAGACAACACACUGAACCCCGACUUUGUUAGAAAGUACAUCUUGGACUACUUUUUUGAGGAGAAACAGAAUCUCCGCUUUGACUUCUAUGAUGUGGACUCUAAAAGCCCAGACCUGUCCAAACACCCCGCAGAACUCAAUGACUUUUUAGGUCAGAUGUUCUGCACUCUCGGGGAGAUCGUUGGAUCACCAGCCAGUCGACUGGAAAAACCACUGGGAGGGAUUCCUGGGAAGAAAUGUGGCACAAUCAUCCUGACAGCAGAAGAGCUCAGCAACUGUCGAGACAGUGCCACCAUGCAGUUCUGUGCCAACAAGCUGGAUAAAAAGGACUUCUUUGGCAAGUCUGAUCCUUUCAUGGUUUUCUACAGAAGCAAUGAGGAUGGCACGUUUACUAUCUGCCACAAAACAGAGGUGGUGAAGAACACAUUAAAUCCAGUGUGGCAGCCUUUUACCAUCCCAGUGAGAGCACUCUGCAAUGGAGACUAUGACAGAACAAUUAAGGUGGAGGUGUAUGACUGGGACCGCGAUGGCAGCCAUGACUUCAUCGGGGAUUUCACGACCAGCUACCGAGAGCUAGCUCGAGGGCAAAGUCAGUUCAAUGUGUAUGAGGUGAUUAACACCAAGAAGAAAAUGAAGAAAAAGAAAUAUGUUAACUCAGGAACAGUGACCCUACUCUCGUUCUCUGUUGAGUCAGAGUUCACCUUCCUCGAUUACAUCAAAGGAGGGACGCAGAUCAAUUUUACUGUGGCCAUUGAUUUCACAGCAUCUAAUGGUAAUCCUUCCCAGUCUACUUCAUUGCACUACAUGAACCCUUACCAGCUGAACGCCUAUGCCAUGGCCCUGAAGGCUGUUGGGGAAAUCAUUCAGGACUAUGACAGCGACAAGAUGUUUCCAGCUUUAGGCUUUGGAGCAAAACUGCCUCCUGAUGGGCGAGUGUCUCACGAGUUUCCACUGAAUGGAAACAUGGAAAAUCCUUAUUGCAAUGGCAUUGAAGGGAUCCUAGAGGCAUACCAUCAAAGUCUGAAGACGGUUCAAUUAUACGGGCCAACCAACUUUGCUCCAAUAGUGAACCAUGUUGCCAGAUAUGCGGCGGCAGUGCAGGACGGCUCUCAGUACUUUGUCCUCCUAAUCAUCACAGAUGGUGUCAUUUCAGACAUGGCCCAGACCAAAGAAGCCAUCGUAAAUGCUGCCAAACUUCCUAUGUCCAUAAUCAUCGUAGGAGUUGGUCAAGCUGAGUUUGACGCUAUGGUGGAGUUGGACGGUGACGACAUCAGGGUCUCAUCCCGGGGGAAACUGGCAGAGAGAGACAUUGUUCAGUUCGUUCCUUUUAGGGAUUACAUGGACCGGACAGGAAACCACGUGCUGAGCAUGGCACGGCUCGCCAAAGAUGUGCUAGCAGAAAUCCCUGACCAGUUUAUCUCGUACAUGAAGAGCAGAGGGAUCAAACCCAAUCCUGCGCCGCCGCCAUACACUCCGCCUGGACACACACACCACCACACACAAAUCUGAGACCUUUUUCUUUGCAUUUCACUGAGGACAGAUAGCAUGCAGCAGCCAAUCAGAGUCCAGUGGGAACUCUCUACCUCCUGAUUUUAUUUUACCUAAUUUGCUGUGAACAGGAGUCCAAGCAAUGGGUGUAGAAUGUUGUGCUGUGCUCUCCCAUUGACUACAGAAGCAGUAUUUUUCUUUUUCUAUUUGGUCGGUUUUGUUUCUACUGUGAUAUAUUUCUUUGCAGGCUCUCUUCAGGAGAUGCUGACCCAAUUUUUCAGGACUUGUUGCUGAAAGCCUUUUGGGCAGUGACUGUUUCACGUCUACUUUUGACAGCAGGUUGAUUCGGAGGUCAUGUUGUGGUUAAACCUUGUGCCUGUCUGUGCUUGUUUCUUUAAGUGUAUCAGGACAUUUGAACUUGACCCAGGCUCUUCUUGUCAAUCAUCAGUGUGGCCUAAUGCAGUAAUAUAUUUUUAGCCACCUUCUCCUUCUCGAAUAUGUUUUGUAUUGGGGGUUGAUCUCAAUUUCUGAUGAUAUCACAGUUCUAGCGUUUUCCAAAUGACACCACCUCCUUCCCUCUUUAAUACUAAAUGUCGGUCUGAGCAUGUCGUACGAGAUUUAUUUGCAUUGUUUUUAGAAUGGCAUGGAUAUUUUUUACAUCUAAUUUUGAAAAAAACCUAAUAAAUUUUAGCAAAAGCCAAUUAUUUUUGAGUGACUGAAUACGAAAGCUAGCACAACAAUUACUAUGACUGUACCAGAUGGCCAUAUACUAUUGGAGUGCUGCUAAUCAUUAAUUUUGAGGAAGUCAUUCAUCCUUGUCAAAUAUUUUACUUCCAUCACCACCAUUUGAUACAAAGCAUGGAGAAUUAAGUAUGAAAAAAACUGGCUCCUAUUACACUGUUUGUAGGACGUUUAUUGAAAGUGUUUAUACAAACAUAUGUGCAGCGCAAAUCCAAGGCAUAUAAAAUAUAAACUGCUGCUUAGGGCCCCAAAAUCACCAGGAGUGCAUCCAUUGAAUUCUCAUACUGAUUAGGUUUUUUUUUUCUUCUUUUUCUUGACGGUGAGCAUACUGCUAAUACAAUCUGUCUCAGGACUUUCAAGAGAUUUUGAGUUAACAUAAAAAAAUGCAAAUAAAUGUUAUGGUUAUAAUUUAAUCAUAGCAGAAGUAGUAAAGAUACUAACUGUAUAUAAUAUACAAAGAAAUUGUUUUUUUUUUAAACAUAGGAACUAUUUAAUGUAAUCCUUUAUGUUAAGUUUCUGAAGUGGGAUUCAUAUUUCAUGCACUGCCACUGUUUAGAAAUAUAUUUCAAAAAAUCAUUGUCAAUUCUUUACAGUCAGCGGCACACACAACUAAGUGAAACUCGGAGCCAAAUAAAUUUUAAACUACAUAUUAAAACUACACUGACCAGGCUUCUGGAUGGAAAAAGUCAAACAGUUCCCAUAAAGAAGUUAAAAUUAAAGUUAUCAUCAUUAGAUGUUCUACUUUCUGCAAUCAAUGUGAGUAGGAUUACAUUCAAUAGCCCAGAGCAGUGCUCUGAAAUAAGCUUAUGAGAGUUUGAAUUAGCUAAAAAAUGCUGAGGUGUAAUUUCAAAGUAAGAUACUGGAUGGCAUUGUGGUGCUGGAUUGCUUUAAAGUUGCUCAUUACAGGAAAACAAAAAGUGAAAAUCUUCCCAAAGCGAUUACUUGUGAUGAGUGGAGAAAAAAAAAUCACAUUAUAGCUCAAAAAAAUAUCAUUUGUACUGAAACUCCUUAGAGUGAGAGCCAUUCUUUAUUUUCUAUGCAAAUGAAUUUACUUAAAACACUUACGAAAUCAUAUCAAUGGGAAUAAGUAAAAUAGUUGCUUUUUUUAGAAAGGGAUGCAUCAUACAGAAAACUAUGACGAUGUUUGAUAUCGCCUGGCAGUAUCACCCUAAAAUAGUGCUACACCUAUCAAUAAAGACACUGUACAAAAAUAACAAUCCGUCAUGAACUGGAUUUCAUUCAUUCAUUCAUUCAAACUUAUUUGUAACUAUAUAAAUUAGAUUCUCAGUGAGUGAACAAGUUAACAAAAAACUUAACAAUUUCAGAAAAAAUCAGUUUCUAAUCUUUUUUUUUUUUUUCCAAAUAGACUUUAAUUCAGUAAAGGCCAUUUGGUGCAGAUUUCUUUUUUCAUCCCUUCAGAAUUUUUUUUUUUUUUUUAUAUACAUAGCAUCACAUUGAGCACUACUGUAUGUUGUCUGGUAAUAGACCUUUGACAUUUGACUUUAAACCUAAGAGGAGCAGAAAAUCUUAUUUUAUUCAAAGAAAAGUUAAGACUAAUUAAAAUAAAACAUUCUCUUACAAGCAAUAUCAGAAGAAAAUUACAUUUAAUAAUAGUAAUGAGUACAAAUUAUUUCACUUUUUAUGUUUUUUUUAUUUCAGUUUGCAUAUUUAUUAGAUUCCAUUAAAAAAAAGUUAUAAUGAGGAUUUUGCAGAAGACGUUAAAACACCGAGAUGGUGGAAAUAUGCAGCAAAGCAAAAUGCUCCAUUUUUAACCUCCUCAGCAUGCAGACUUCAGAGGCAGAAAUGUAGGUCAAUGCCAUGCUGAGAUAUUUCAGCAAAAGCUUUUCAUCAGAUUUCUACAUCUGUUUCUAAAUUCUAUGAAUCUUUAUGUACCAAUCCCAGAAGCUCUGUAAAUAAAGCAAUGAUAAUCCUGGAUUAUAUAUAUAUAUAUAUAUAUAUAUAUAUAUAUAUAUAUAUAUAUAUAUAUAUAUAUAUAUAUGCCUUGAAAAUGUUGGAACACAAUUUACUGCAGGUUGGAAUAAUCUAGAGGACAAAACUUGGCAUCAGUAACUAUGGCUAUGGUAAAUUAAUUUAAUUUUGUUUUUUGCAAACUUGUUCUCCAAAAGAAGAAGCAAAAACAAGAUAAUUGGAAAAUGUUUAAUAUGGGGCCAUAUUAGUUUUGUGCUUAAUCCCAUUGUUUUUGCCGUUUUUGUCAUUAUUAUACAGCAGUCAUUCUGCACUUUCAAUUAUUUUGUGUUGCAGUGGAAGAAUGAAUAUUAAGUAACAGCAGUUUUUCUAGUUUGUGUCAAAGCUCGGAUUGAUGGACCACAAAACAAAAGGUUUCCCGUUUCUUUGAAACACAUCAAAGUAUUGAAGGAACAGAAUAUAUUUCAGUUCAAAAGGCUUGGGCUGAACUGUUUAAUGUAGCGAACUAUUAAGGCCUUAAUCAUUUGAACAGCAGUCACUCCAUCCUGUUAGGUCCUGUCCUGAUAUGCAGCUAAGAUGGAUGGGUAAGGUUCAGAGGAGUAGAGCAACAGCUGGUUUGCAUGUAGAGUCAAUUAAGUAUUAAUCCUACUGGAACUAAGGUUUGCCUUCAAAUCUUUUAACUUCUGACAAACACAUUUUCUAAAGCAAGUUCCUCUAAAAGUUUUUGCGCUAGUUGAGUUUUUAAUGAAUAUAUUUUCUGUUGCUUUGCAUUUUUCAUAGGGUUCAUCUUUGCAAAAGACUGGCUUGGGCUCAGACAGUCAACAAAAAAAAACACACUUUAAAAAUGCUGUCUGACUGAAACACUUUUUAAAAACAUAAAUCUCCUACAGCCAUUAACAUCUAAUCUCUAAAAUGAAUGCUAACUGUAAAUGUUUUUAUAUAUUUUUUGGAAAGAUUGCUGUAUUACAAAUAUUUGUUAAUUUUUUUAGAACAUGAGAAGCCAUUGAUCCUUUUAUCUCUUCAAGCCCUGACAAUUAUUAUCUUUAUCAAAUGCAUGACAUUCUUUUUUUGUAUGCCUUCAUCUGUUGGAGAAGAAAAAUACACAGUCCAUCCAGAAUACAAGUAUUUCUGCACCAAAUGCGGCAGAGAAAAUGGACUGCAAGGUAUUUGUUCUCUCUUGUGCCUGACUACUGAAAAUUUCCUGUCUCAUUAGUGUUUAUAAAGAAUAAAAUAAAAGAGCUGUAGCUAGUUUGCAUGUUACAGUUAACACCUUUUGUUAUUUGUUUAUCAUUAUUUUUGGUCUGAUUCCACUGUUUAUAUCUUUAUUAUUUAGGUAUAUUAAGUUCUCUGUUCUGCAUGACUCUGCUUCACGUUUCAAGGAUUUUUAUUGUACAUGAUUAGUGUCAUAUGGUGGGUUGUGAAAUGCUUUGUAUUGGAUUGCCUUAAAUCAAAAUGAUUAAAACCUGACUACUUUUAUAAAA